AUGUGUGACGUCACCUACGACUCUCGCGUCUUGGGAGGUUUUAUCGACAAUGUCACUUCCGCAGGCCAGGUCACACAUAUGCACUGCCUGGUGUCCAUUGACAGCACAAGAAAGUGGCAGUUUCAAGAACUAAGAUCACGGCUGCAUCAAAUUCAUAUGAAAAAUAGCUCAGUUUUUCUUUCUGUGGAGUGUAGGGCUGGAGGGAGUUUAUCCCUACCCUGGCCCAUGAAAGCACGCGGGCUCGUGGGGCUUGUAAUUUCAGGUUGUCAGUUGACAGAUAGAUAUGCAGACUUUGGAAACACCCAAAUUUCGGGUAUUUCAGAAAAUCUGCGCGUGUUACAGAUAGAGGACUCGAUAUGGAUAAGAGACGAUUCUGCAUUUGAGAGGAUCACAAGUCCUGAAGGUCUUGCUAGUCUCACAUCGGACUAUGACUGUGGUCAAGACAGUACUAUUGAGUACAUGGUUAUCAGAAAUGUGACUGAUAGUGUCUCAAGUCUAGAUGCCUUUGCGACAGAAAAUUCACCUCUCGGAGACUUAUCAACUGGAGCUGGGUCCCUAACAGAUGAGGAGCUUUUAAAAAUGUUUCAGCUCGAUAACAACUCAUCUGACUUGUCCAGUGAUCUAUCUGAACUAAUUCUUGACCAUCCCAGAACUGAAGUCACGGAUCAAAAGAGAAAUCAGAAGAUAAAUGCAUCAUUUUCACUUACACCACAUGUCAACAAAGGUGAUGGUGAAAAAGGGUACUUGGACUUGUUAAACCAAGUUAUGUCAUUAGACAUUGGGUGUCAUUAUGAAAAUCUCCGUGUUUUAGACGAGAGUAUGUCCCAUGCACUUCCAGUACAUCACUUCAACGUUUUGCUACAAAAUGCGGUGUACCCAAAACUAGAGAUUCUCAAUUACUCGAGAUCUGGAAUCCGAGAGAUAUCCGAAGAGCUCCAUGCUUUCAGGACAAAUUUUCCAAAACUGAAAUAUUUAGACCUGUCUCUUAAUUACAUCUCAGAAGUAAACCUUUCCCCUUCGAAUAACUCCAAUGACCGGGAUGUUCUCAUUCUCGACGUUAGAGACAAUGCAAUCACCUCUUUGACCCUCUCUGUUGUACAGGAUUGGGCACAAGUGACUGAUGUGUUUGUAGAUAUCCGUGGUAACCCUGUGGUUUGUGACUCGGGCGUGGCUGAGUUAGCUCAAAGACUUCACGUGACAGCUUCUGGUACAGAAAACUUGGCCCGCUACUCUUACAUUCUGGAUCUAACUUGUUCUGGACCUGAUCACUUAUCGGGAAAAUCGGUAGCUGACUUUUACACCUCACAAGAUAAAGACAACGGCUUGAAUACCGUGACAAUUGGUAUUAUUUGUGGCUGUGUCGUUCUGAUGGUGAUUAUCGUAGUGUUGGUGAUUCUUUUUUUGAUGAGGGCUCGAAGGGGUUCAAAUCUCUCCCAGAUGGAUAGAGACUCUAGCUAUAAGAAAAGCAGCAGCCACGUGUCCGAGAAAGGAGAUAUUGGUGGUUACCCUUAG